GAUUGUAAUUUCUCAGAUGUCGUUGAGGGAUGAAAAUAAUCCCAAAUCUGAUGAUAGCGAGUUCAAAGCUGCUAUAAAUGGACCAGCAAAAAUUGGGCAGGGGGCAAGGAUGGUUGUAGGAGGAGAAAUUUGUGUCUGUGCGAGCGUGCAUGCGUGUGUGUGUGUGUGGCUGAGCACUCAGCAUUCUGCCUCACACAUAUGGUUCAUAUUUAGGCCAUGAUGCUGAGCCAAUGGACAAGUUGGCACCGUUUUCUUGGUUCUUGGUUCUACAUUCCCAGCUUUUUUCUCACAUUUUAACCUUAGAAGAACUUCACAAGGGGCAUGGAUGCAAGUGAAAGGGAUCAGCUCAAGAUCGUCACAUCAGCAGCGUCAUCACUCCUCUAGCUCACCUUUCUCCUUCCGUCCUUUUAAGCAUCUCGAUCUUCGCCAAACCCUGUAACCUCUGCUUCCACCCAAUGAGGGAGGGGAGCUGUCCGCGGCGAGCCCUCCCUCAUCUUUUUCUCUCUCCUCCUCUCCCCCUCAACUCGGACUCUAUCCACCGUGUGCUAAUAAAGGAGAGCAUCCGACCCAGCGUAGAGUCCCGCAGCAGACUGGGGGAGCGGCCACUUCAACUCUGCAAACUUUGACUCCUGCCCUUACUCUCAACGCACUGUCCCAGCUUCUGGUAUAAGGACAAAACAGCAGGAUCAGACCAAGGGGGGGAAUUGAGAGCAGCAGGGGCGAAACCGGCUUCCCUUGUGCCCCCCUCCCCGCCCCGCUUCGUCAGGUAAGGCUCCGGGUUGGCAGCCAGAAGCUCUCAGUGGAGGGUCUGGUGCGCACAUGGCACCGCAAACGCGCUCCUCUAUCUGCUGACAGCCGCACAACACGGGAAUCACACUCUGGAUAAUGAGGCCUUCCAACUUUUUUAACUCCAUAACUCACAACAAAACUUAACAAGCUCUCACAUCUGGAAUAAGGAUUUAUCUCUCCGUCCCCUUCUUUACCGGUGGAGGGGGUGGGGGGUAAGAAAAAAGAAAAAAAAAAAAAAGACAGGAGCCAUGCUGGGUUUAAGCAGGAUUCUCGGCCUCCGUGCAGCUCGGAUUCACCGCGGUGGUUCUCCGGGAGCCGGACUCUCACCCGGGCCUUCUUCGUGUCAGAACCAAGGUGCCAGCUCAAGGAUGUACUGUGCGUGUCUGCUGCUGUUGCUGCUCGUCACGCCUCGCGUGGACUCUUCUUGGUGGUACAUCGGGGCUCUGGGAGCUCGCGUAAUCUGUGACAACAUCCCGGGCCUUGUGAACAAACAGCGGCAGCUCUGCCAGCGCCACCCAGACAUCAUGCAGGCCAUUGGCGAGGGCACCAAGGAGUGGAUCAGAGAGUGCCAACACCAGUUCAGACAUCAUCGGUGGAACUGCAGCACACUGGACCGUGAUCACACCGUCUUUGGACGUGUCUUGCUCCGGAGCAGUCGUGAAGCAGCUUUCGUCUACGCCAUCUCCUCAGCGGGAGUCGUGUACGCGCUGACCCGUGCCUGCAGCCAGGGGGAGCUGAAGCUGUGUAACUGCGACCCCCUCCGGCGGGGGCGAGCUAACGAUGGGAAAGGAGACUUUGACUGGGGCGGAUGCAGCGAUAACGUCAACUACGGGAUCAAAUUUGCCAAAACCUUCAUCGAUGCCAAAGAGCGACCCAUCCGGGACGGUCGGGCACUCAUGAACCUCCACAACAACCGCUGUGGCAGAACAGCGGUGAAGCGCUUCAUGAACAUGGAGUGUAAAUGUCACGGCGUGAGCGGCUCCUGCACGCUGCGGACCUGCUGGAUGGCCCUGUCAGACUUCAGGAAGACGGGCGACUACCUGCGGAGGAAGUACAACGGGGCGGUGGAGGUGAUCAUGAAUCAGGACGGGACAGGCUUUACUGUGGCCAACAAAGCCUUCAGGAAGGCCACCAAGAACGAUCUGGUGUACUUUGAGAACUCUCCGGAUUAUUGCCUCCAAGACAAAGCAGCAGGUUCUCUGGGCACCGCCGGACGGGUCUGCAACAAGACAUCGCGUGGCACGGACGGCUGUGAGGUCAUGUGCUGCGGGAGAGGCUACGACACCACCCGAGUCAUGCAAAUCACAAAGUGCGAGUGCAAGUUCAAAUGGUGCUGCGCGGUGGAGUGCAAGGACUGCGAGGAGGCUGUGGACAUACACACGUGCAAGGCCCCUAAGCGAGCAGAGUGGUUGGACAAGACCUGAGGUCGCGCUGCUCCUCUGCUCCCGUCAAACGCAGCCCCACCCGACACCCCUUCGCAGGACAUCAUGUAGAAAAAAAGUGGCAUUCUGGAAAUGUCUGUCCAAAAGUGCUAUGCAUCUCCGCCCCGACCUUGUCUCCUCAUUGCAUGGCUUUUUUUUUUCUUUCUUUUUUUUUUUUUUGGUUUGUUUUUUACUUGUUUGUGAAAGCACUAAGACUCCAUUAUCCAUCGUAAUGAGUCAACACAUAUUAGCUCCUAUUUGUGAAUGUCUGUGUGAUUAAGCCUGCUGGGAUCAGAUGUCAGUGAUAACAACUUGGCUUCAAACACAGAUUCAGCCCAGACGACCUGCUUCUGAUGUGUGGUACUGCUACUUUUCAAAUGGUCUGCUGCUUUCAUGAUUCUUCAAAGACAGAUGUUACUUGAGCCUUGAAACAUAUCCAGUAUUAUUAAUGGCAUCAUAUCAUAUACUCACAUAACUUUGCUUUGUUUAUGUUUGUUUUUUGGGGGGGGGGGUUGGGAUACGGGGGGUACGAGGAUUAUCUUUUGGGAUAAAAACAAAGCAAAAAGCAUACUUGGUUGGACUGUGGACAGUACCUUGGAAAGUGCAAUUCAAGAUGUCUAAACAUGGCAACACGUUGCCGGACAAGCGUCCAGGAAGAGGACUGCUAGAGAAAAAGGAGAUGGACAACCAGAGGAAUUUUAAAAUAAUGGACAAAUGCAUCACUGGAGCAUAGAGUGGCACUGUGUAAAAAGGACAGACAAAAAGGAGGAAAAUGAAAAACAAAAACUGUUUAUAGUGGAUUAUUUAAUUUGUAAAGUGUUGUUUCAUUCCUCAUCUGUUGAUGAGACUGCACUACAUUGGCUGAUGCAAGGAGAGAGAAGAGCACUUGCAUUACUGUGAUUAUACAGUGAGUUUUAGUCUUUUGUGUGUGUGAGUGUGUGUGUAUGUAUGUGUGAUUAGAAAAACCUGCUGCUGAGAAGAAGACAAAGAAAACCGAGGCGUUUAUGGGUCACACAUCAACCACGACACCCACAGAUUUCACCUUUCUGUUCUUGAGCUUGCUUGUAUAACAUUUUGUAUAACUCUCUAUCUAAACAGAUGUUCAUAUAAAAUAUAUGGUGAAUUA